AUGGAAAGUGGAGAAGAAAAGGUUCAGCCCACGUCCCAAACAUAUGCAAUAAUGCUUCUCGCAUGGUUGCGAUUUAAUUCGGCUUCAGAAAAGCCUGUACACCUUACUUCCGCCCUGAAUCCAUCCAAGUUACUGAGCAAUCUUGUCGCACGCGGUAUAUCACCUACGACCGUCAUCACCGAUCGCGUAGUUUCUUCCUCCUCCGAGGCAUCCCAGAUUAUCCGGAUUCUCUCCAAAUCAGCAGUGGACAUGAGUUUGUCUCGGAUAGUUACAGAGUUGGGACAAUCCGAAGCCCUAGGUUGUCAACUACCCGACCCUCUGGAAAACGUUCCAGAGGUUAAUCCCGUUACAAAAUUGAAAAAAAUUGACGUGGUGUCGGAGGAUGGCACCCCUGUGCCCGAAGAACUGGCGCAAGAAGUUCCUUUCAACCUGGAUAACCUGCGGAAACAUCUGGCGAAAGUUUCACUCGCUCGGCGCGUUUUGCCAGAAGAUGUCGCUGCCCGUCAGAAGCUUCUCGAGGAGUCUGCAUACGACGUCGCCGUCGAGAGAUUGAAACACGAAUCAGAAAUCUUCGACGACCUAGGAUUGAGUAACCCUUCGUUACGACGUGCUGGUCUACAAAGGUGGAUGUGGGACUGGUAUCAAAAGCUUUCUGCCCACUUGGAGACCGAAAUCGCGAGAAUCGUGGCCACUGAAUCAAAACAGAGUAGACCAUGUAAGCUAGUUUGCACUAUGGUUGAUUAUGGUAUUAAUGACCAUGUAGGUCCAGAAAAGCAAUUAGCCCCUUUCCUCUCGCUCGUCAAGCCGGAGAAGCUGUCGCUAAUAACUAUUCUGGAGGUCAUGCGCUUAAAUGGCAGUGGCGGCGUUAGCGAUGGCAUGAAAACUGCUCGUGCCUUGCUUGCCGUUGGACGUGCCGUUGAGAACGAAUACAAGGCUGAGAUGUGCAAGCGCAAUAACAUCGCAAUCCCUGCCCAUGCGCGUGCCGGCGGAGAUCAUGGUUACUUCUCAGGCCUCGGAUACAGGGAUCUACAUGCUCGGCGUGUGACAGCUGCCAAGUAUAUGGAGGAUAGCGAAGAAUGGACUUCAGAGUGGACGCAGGUGUUACGUGUCCGGAUGGGGAGUAUCUUGGUUGAUUCCUUGAUGAAGGUUGCCACCGUCGAGCGUGUCGCAGUUGACAAGAAUACCGGGCAAGAAGUGAGGGAAGAACAGGGCGCAUUUUGUCACUCGUAUGAGUUUGUUCGUGGUCAGAAGUUAGGUAUCAUUCGGCUGAACCCUGUAGUUGCGGAGCGUCUUGCUAAGGACGAUCUGCGUGAAACUCUACACCCACGUCAUCUGCCUAUGCUUGUGAAACCUAAGCCGUGGCUUGGCCCAGACGAGGGUGGUUACUUUUACAACAAAUCCUCCGUUAUGCGAUUUAAGGAUUGUGCUGAGCAGCAGGCAUACCUAGAGCACGCCUCGGCUUUGGGCAACGUCGAAUUAGUGUACGCGGGACUGGACGUGCUCGGCAGCACGCCGUGGAAGAUCAACAAACAGAUUUUCGAUGUCGUGCUCAAGGUUUGGAAUUCCGGUGAACGGCUUUCCAAAAUACCACCGGCAGUGUUCGACAAGCCCGAGCCCGAGAAACCGGAGAACUACCACACAGACAUCAAGGCAAGAAGCGUAUACAGCCAGAGGCUAAGGGCAUAUCAGCAGGAUAAGGCGAACAACCACUCCGAUCGUUGUAGCGUGAAUUACAAGAUUGAGAUCGCGCGUGCAUUCCUGGGAGAUGCUUUUUACCUCCCGCACAAUCUCGAUUUCCGUGGGCGUGCUUAUCCUAUUCCUCCUCAUUUGAAUCACAUUGGUGAUGAUCUCAGUCGUGGACUUCUCAUAUUUGCCGAAGCCAAACCUCUCGGAGAGCGUGGUCUGCGUUGGCUCAAGAUUCAUCUUGCAAACUUGUACGGAUUUGACAAGGGUAGUUUUGACGAGCGUGUGCAGUUUGUUAUGAACCAUCUGGACGACAUUUAUGACAGCGCCGAGAGACCUUUGGAGGGUCGCCGUUGGUGGGCGACAGCUGGUGAUCCAUGGCAAUGUCUCUCCACCUGUAUGGAGCUCCGUGCCGCUCUGGAGUCUGGGGAUCCGGAGGGUUAUAUGUCUACCCUUCCCAUCCAUCAGGAUGGGACGUGCAACGGCUUGCAACAUUAUGCUGCCUUGGGAGGAGAUCGCGAAGGCGCAGCACAAGUCAACUUGGCUGCGACAGACCGUCCCUCGGACGUGUACACCUAUGUUGCGAACAUGGUGAACCAAGUCGUCGAACAAGAUGCAGCCAAAGGCGAUAGAGUGGCGCAGAUGCUUGUUGGGAAGAUAUCGAGGAAGGUUGUUAAGCAGACGGUUAUGACUACGGUUUAUGGUGUGACCUAUAUCGGAGCUCGUGACCAAAUCGAGAGGCAGCUCAAGGAUAGAGGAGAUAUACCCGAGGAAGAAUGUUGGGCGACUUCGUCGUAUCUUGCUAGGAAGGUACUCUACUGCAUCGGGGAUCUCUUUGCUGGAGCAAAAGCCAUCCAAACCUGGCUCAAUCUUUGUGCCAGGCUGAUCUCGAAAUCUAUUCCUGGGGAUCGGUUGGCCGAGGCAUUCCAGCCUCAACAGCAAAAGGAUGGGUCAUCCCUGAACGCACUGAGCCGCAUUCGCAAGGAGCAGAUGGCAGCUGUAGUGUGGACUACGCCACUUGGGCUGCCGAUCGUCCAGCCGUACCGCAAGACGAAGCGCAAACAAAUCAUGACCGCUUUGCAGACCGUUUACAUCUCGGAUCCCAAUUCGCCUGCUGAAGUCAAUGGCGUCAAGCAAGCAUCUGCUUUCCCUCCUAAUUUCAUUCAUUCCCUCGAUGCUACCCACAUGAUGCUGACGGCGCUGGAAUGUAGGACGCGGGGGAUCGUUUUUGCUUCGGUUCACGAUUCCUACUGGACGCACGCCUGCAGCAUCGAUCAGAUGUCGACGAUCAUCCGGGAUACGUUCAUCGCUUUGCACUCUUCGGAUAUCUUGGGUAAACUCGAAUCUGAAUUCAAGGCUCGCUAUGCAGACUACAAGGUCCCCCUUGCAUCGCUGCGCGUUGGAAGUUUCCUCAAGAAAUUAAAGACGGCUGGUGUUCGGAUCGUGGCUUCGCCAGAAGAGGCUACUGUUAUUAAGAGCGUUCACACGUCGACGUUUGAUCCGUUGAUAGACGUUUCUGAGACGGAGGCAAGCUCCAUCACGUCCGCCUCCCCAGCCUCAUUUCCAUCUGCCUCCAACUCCACCUCCAAACCUACACCUUCGCCGGAUUCGGAGGUCGUUGACACACCUAAAAAACGGCGAACGAGGAAACGUGCGUCUUCAAAGACAGCUGCCGUUACGGAGGACGAAGAAUCCGCCGAAGUAGAGGCAGACGAAGACGAAGAAGGUAUCGAUGCGGACAGUUCCUUGGCAGACAAAUUUAUUAGUCUGCCUGAUCUUAUACCCCCGCUUCCUAAGAAAGGCGAUUUCCAGGUGGAGACGAUCAAGAAGUCAUUGUAUUUCUUCUCAUAG